AUGACUAUACCAAAACAUAAUAUAAAUGGUGCUAUAUUAAAUGAUUAUGAAAUUUUAAAAGAAAUAGGUUCUGGUGCUUAUGGUAUUGUUUAUAAGGCAAGACAUCUAAUAACAGGUCAAGAAGUUGCUAUCAAAUCAAUAUCAAAAGUUAUCAACAGUUCAAACAACUCAAAUAAAAAGUUAAAACAAAGUGAAAUUUUAUUAUCUGAAUUAUUCAAUUAUUUUAAAAACCUAGAUUUCAAAGCUACUGGUCUUAAUACAUUAAAUUUAAAAUUAUUAAGUGAAUUUAAUUCAUCAAAUGCUAAAUGUUGUUCAUUCAUCAAGGAAAUCACAAUCCAUUUAAAAGUUCAUGAUCAUCCAAACGUCAUAACAAUUCAUAAAAUUAUAGAUUCGCCAAUUGCUUUAUUCAUAAUAAUGGAUUAUUUCCCAGAAGGUGAUUUAUUCGUUAACAUAGUGGAUAAUGCUAAAUAUACUUCAGAUCCAAUGCUAAUCAAAAAAGUUUUCAUACAAUUAAUUGAUGUUAUAUCAUAUUGUCAUUCCAAGAAAAUUUAUCAUUGUGAUAUAAAACCAGAAAAUAUAAUGUGUUCACAAAAUGGUUCAAAUCUUUAUAUUGGUGAUUUUGGUCUUGCUAUGGAAUCUGAAUUAAUCAAUGCUAAAACAUGUAUUGGUUCAAGUUAUUAUAUGCCACCUGAACGUCUAAUAUCAUCAAACAAAUCACAAACCUCUACCACCACACAAACUGCAGGAUCAAAAUGUCCAUUUAAUCAUGGCAAUCCACCACCUUCAGAAUUAACUGCAAAAUCAUAUCCUGCUCAAGCUGGUGAUCUUUGGUCUUUAGCUAUAAUAUUAAUAAAUUUAACAUGUACAAGAAAUCCAUGGAUGAAAGCAAGUGAAUUAGAUAAUACAUAUAGAGCAUUUUGUUCAAAACCUGAAAUUUUAAAAGAAAUUUUACCAAUUAGUGAUGAAUUAUAUAAAAUUUUAUUGUUAUGUUUGGAAAGAAAUCCGUUCAAUAGAAUUACAUUAUUUCAAUUAAGAGAAUUAAUCAUCCAAUGUGAAAGUUUCACCACUGAAGGUCCAUUAUCUUAUUGUGAUGGUUCAUUAAAUGAAUUCAUGGAUUGUAAAGUCCUUAAAACAAGAACUCCAACACCAACAUCAACCAUUGUUCAAACUAGUACAAGUCCACUUAUAUCAGACCUAGAAGAAUAUAAAGAAUUAUUAAAAUUAAAACAAUUAAUACCUGAAAAUCAUAUCCCAUUAAAUUUUAAUAAAGAUGACCAGGGGAUUCAUGUUGAAUUGGUUCAUACUAAUCAACAAGAAAAUUGGAUUGAAGAUUUAAAUUUGAUUGAUGAUAAUUAUUCAAUUUUGACUAAUGUUAGUUUUAAUUUAAAUUGUGAUUUGAUUGAAGCUGGUGGUGAUUUUUAUUUAAAUAUGUGA